CUUCUCCGGUCUGUGGCUAGCAUGAUUGCCCAUUGAUCUGCUGCUGGAGUUCGUGUGGAUGUUCAUGAUGAAUUUGGAGGGCUCCGAGGGUCUUUUCUCUGCUUUCCUUCCUGUUCUCUUGCCCCUCUUGCCGUGAGCUUGAGCUCCGUCCGCGGCGGGAUAAUGCUUCCAUACUCUCAAGCUAUGCUUGCGGCCAGUCGGACGAGCCAUUGCAUAGGCCGAACUGCAACUCUUGUGCAAACGGCUCUCCGAUCCGGACUACUGCAAUCCCGCAGAACGGUCACCAACGUCGCCCCGAAUGCUAAGACCCUCUCCCAAUCCGAUUCAGAGGCUCGGUAUACAAAGAACGAUGCCUCUUCCCUAUGCGACCAGGUCCGUCUCUUGAUGAGGCGAGUCCCAUACCCUGUCGCCAUCAUAACAGCCACGGAUCCCCACGGCCCGGCAGGUAAGGCCUUCCGCGGAAUGACCGUCUCCUCCUUCAACACCGUCACCCUCAGUCCGGAACCCGUCAUCUCCUUCAAUGUGCGCCGGCCUUCCGAGACACUUAGCGCACUUCAAUCGUCGAAGCGCUUCCUCGUCCACCUCCUCGCCCCCAGACAAAGAACCGCAACUCUCGCUCGGGACUUUUCCAAGGGCAACCAUAACCUGUCCCUCUUGGCCGGCAAGAGUGAAUACGAGUUUGUUUCGCAUGAGCAUACCCUUCGUGGCGAUGAGGUUCCCUCUAGACCACUUCCGUUGUUGCGGAGGAAACAGGAUACUGGAUCAAUGGACUCGGAGGACUUUCCCUUCGUGUUGGAGUGUCAACUUCAUCCACAGGGGAUUCAGGUCCAUGAUCAUACUAUUGUCGUGGGGACUGUCGUUCGAGCGCUGUCAGGACAGCUACCGAGACUUGACUCGGAAACUAAGGCGACAGACCUUUGUCUGACCUAUGCCAAUACCCAUUUUUGGAAAAUGGGCCAUGAAAUAUGACGUCCAUUGGCCAUCCACUGGAUGCUGGGGCUCUGACAUGGACAUCUUGGAUGAUCUCUAGAUAUCGGUAACUGAAGUAGGUCAGUUCCUUUGUAUAAUACACUACACGUGCAUCCUCUCCGGAUCUUAUUGGCGUUUCAUCACAUGUACAUAGAAUUAGAUAGAU